GUAAGUUCUUAGUGCUCAGUUGCCAAAAAAACAAGAAGAUCCUUCCCUACUUAAUGUCGUCAGUAGAAACAUGAUUCAUGGCCCAUGUGGUCCAUUUAACAUGAAUUCACCGUGUAUGCAAAACGGAAAAUGUUCAAAAGGUUUUCAGAAACUGUUUACUAUUGCGACACAAUCCGGACAGGAUGGUUAUCCAAAAUAUCGUCGUCGAUCACCGGAUGAUGGGGGGCAAACUUUUCAGCUUAGGAAAUCCGAUAAUCGCAUGGUCACAAUCGAUAAUCGGUGGAUUGUGCCAUAUAGCCCUUUAUUAUUACGUGUAUUUGACUGUCACAUCAACAUAGAACUUUGCCAUUCAGUAAAAGCCAUUCAAUAUAUUUGUAGUUAUAUUAAUAAAGGAUCUGAUCAGGCUGCAUUCUCAGUAGAAUUGCGUGUUGAAAUUAAAGCAUUCCAAAAUGGCAGAUAUAUUAGUUCAUCAGAAUCUGCAUGGCGGAUAUUUGGUUUUACGAUUCACGAACGGUCACCAGCAAUUUUUCAACUCUCAGUACACCUUGAAAAUGACCAACGCGUCUAUUUUACUGAUCAAAAUGCUCGCGAAAGACUUGAAAAUGUUAGAAACACCACUCUUAUGGCUUUUUUUAAACUUUGCCACCGUGACGAAUUCGAAAAAACAUUGCUUUAUAUUGAAGUUCCAUCUUACUAUACUUUUACUAAUAAUCGUUUCAAUAGAAGAAAACAAGGAGAGCCAAUUGUACAAUACCCUGGAAUCAAGAAAUCCAAUGUGCUCGGUCGAGUAUACACUGUUCACCCAAAUUUAAAAACUGUUGAUGACGUUAUCCACCCUACAUAUCAAAGAGCUUGCCAAGUGCUUGGCCUGUUACAAGAUGAAAGUCAUUGGAAUUCUACUCUCGAAGAAGCUGAUUUAUUUCAAUCAGUGUCGAAUCUAAGAGAACUUUUUGUUACUAUGAUAGCAUUUUGCCACAUUGCUAAUUUAACAGAACUGUGGGAAGAUCACAAAAAUAAUAUGUCAUUAGAUAUUUUGCAGCAAGAAAGGCAUCGUUCUGGAAAUCACGAUUUGGCUGUCACUCCAUAUAUUUUGAAUAAAACUUUAAUAUUAAUAGAAAAUGAUCUUCUGAAAAUAUCUGGAAAGAAGCUGUCUGAUUUUAACAUGGAAUCACCGUUACGAACUGAUGAUAAUGAUAAUAAUUUAUCAAAUUCCCUAGAAAUAAUUUAUAUGGCAAAACAACGUUUGCCGGGUCAGCUAGUUAUUAUUAUAUAUGAUUGACUAUUUUUAAACGCAACUUAAAUGUAUAUUAAAUUUAUUUUAUGAUUUUUACUAUACCCGGGAGAAUUUACAUAUUUCCGUUAGGUAGUACAAGAAUAAAUCCGGGAGAGUUUACACGUUUCUGUCAGGUAGUACUGGAGUAGACCGGGAGAGUGUACCAUCGGGAGAGUUUACAAUUGCCCAUUGAAAACACCUCCCAACUGUUCAAUGUCAAACAUAUGGGUAUACAUUGGGUAUACUAGGUACUGUUAAAAUAUUUAAUACUGCAAAAAUAAAAACUGAAUUAGGUCACAUACCUAUUGGAAUAAAAGAAUAAAUUAAAAAGCGUGCUCGAUUAUAUUUAAUAGAAUAUUUUAUUUGGAUAGAAAAAUAUAUAAUAAUAAUAUAUCCAGUACUUAAAUUUAAAAACACGGGUGAAACAUGAUCAGGAAAGAGACUGCAGAUGUCAUCGCCGAAUAAGAUUUAUAAAGAAAAACUAUUAUUUACACUAUAGUAACUUACGGGAAAAAUAACAAAAGUUUUUAUUAAAUUGACCUUUAGUAAGACAACAUGGGCGAAGAGUGAAUGGAACGAAUGUAAGAUUUUUCCGAUGCAGAACAGAGGUACAGUGAAGUAUAAUCCAAGAGAAGCAUAUAAAUUCGUGCGCACUAUCAGACUCUUAUAAAAAUUAUAAAAUUAUAAUAAGAAAAUAGAAAAUUAUUUAAAGUACUAAGUC